AUGUAAAAUCCAUAUUAGUCAUUAGGUUUACCAGAAAAUGCUACUUUUAGUUAGAUUAAAGAAUAGUAUAGAGAAUUAUCAAAAGUGUUUCAUCCUGAUAAAUAAAGUUAAGAGAAUUAUAAUUUAAGUGUGGAAACUUUUGAGAAAAUUGAUUAAGCAUAUAAAAUAAUUGGGAAUGAGUUUAAUAAACUAGUUUAUGAUAAUUUUGGAUUUGCUGGAGUAUAAUUACUGAUAGAAAAUAAAUAACAUUUUGAGUUAAUUGAAUGGGAAUUUCAUUAAGGCAAGAAUGUUAUUGAGAAUAUAAGAGUUUAAUUAUUACUCUUAAAGUUAGAAGAAGAAGAAUUAAACUCAUAUUCAACUUUAAAAUCAUUUUUAUGUGAAGCAUCAUUUUAAAAUACAUUUAUUUGUACCACAAAUUAAAAUUAAAGAUGUGCAUUAAUAUAAUAAAUCUUACAAUUACCUCGUUGGAAAUAGUUUGAAUUUGCAUUGAAAUCUGAGAUCAAUUUACUAAAAUAUAAAGGUAUGGAAGUAGAAGUUAGUAAAAAUUAUUUAAUAACAGCAUUAAGUUUGAAUUUGCCAUUAAUAAAAGGUUGUGGUAUUGAAAUUUAAUAAUAACUCCCAGAUUUUUAAAUUGAUUAAGUUACUUUAAAAAAAAAAAAUGCUUUAGGAGAGAUUCACUUUAAUUUAAUAAAUAAUGAAUAAGGUAUUUCACCUUAAAUUGUAGCAGCAAUAGGUAAAGAUUAAACAUCAAUAUAAAUCACUUUUGAUGCAUAAGAAAAAUAAUUAAAUUUUGAUAAAUAACUUUCAGAGAGAUUAACAUUUUAAGGUUAAAUUAAACAUAAAAAUUAUAAUGUUUAAUUAUCAUAUUAAGUUGUUAAAGAAUAAAAUUAUGGAUCAAGUCUUAGAUUAUGUUAUUUUAAAAAUGUUAAUAAAUCAUUAUUUUUAUUAUCAAGUGAUUUCAAAGCUUAAUAUAAUCAUUUAAGAUUUGAUUGGCAAAGUACUUUAUCAGAAAAUAAUUAAAUGUCAAUAAUAUUUACAUUAAGAAAGAUUAAUUCAUCUAUAAGAUUCCCUUUUGCAUUUUAAGUUUAGAGUUUAAAAUCAUUAUUAUUUUGGAUGAUAGGCCCAUAAAUACUUCCCUUAAUUUGGUAGAAAAACUUAUUAAAUCCUUGGAAUGAUCUUUAAAAUAAAAAAAGAUCACUUUAUUUAUAUAAAAUUGAAGAGUAUUAAAAAUUUAAUGAAGAAACAAGGAAAAAUAUUGAAUAAGCUGAUAAUUUUUAAAAGUAAUUAAAAUUUGAAACUGAUUAAAAGUAUAAAUUAUAAAUUUAAUUAUAAUAGUGGUCUUAUUAUUUAAUUAGCAUAUGCUGGUGAAUUAGGAGAUAUAAAUUAAUUUAUAUUAAAUAAAGUACCAAAUAAAUUCUUGUCUAAUAUUAAGGAAUAAUUAUAGGCUGAAAUACUAGAUAGUGGAUUAUUUAUACCUCCAAAUUGUAUUGAUAAAUUAGAUGGAUUUUUCAAAGUUUCAAGCAAAAAGUAAUAAUAUAACUAAUUUAUAGAAAUUCAUCUCAUUAUUGGGGAUAUGUUGAAUAUAUUUAUAAAGGAAAACAUGAAUGUAAAAAAUGGAAUUGGUCAGAACCUUUAUCAAUAGGAAAUGUUUGUAAAUAAAAUCAGUAUUCAAUAAUUGAAACUAUUUUGGGAUAUAUAUAUAAAUGA